AUGGAGCUCAUUUUACCAGCACAACUAAAGCAGCUACUACGACAACGAGAUCUGCAGACAACCACAACUGUAGCACCUACGACAACCACAACAACAACUGUAGCACCUACGACAACCACAACAACAUCCUUUUCGACAACUAAAGCUGCAACUACAACACCUGUAGCUCCUACAACGCCAAUCACAACUGCAGGACCUACUACCAUAGUAAGUCCUACGAGAACCACAAAUGUAGCUCCUACAGCAACCACAACAGCAGCUAGUACAACAAAUGUAGCUCCCACGAUCACUACAACUGCAGCAGCACCAACUGAAGCUGCAUCCACAACCACUACAGCAGCCCCUAUGGCAACAACAACUCUAGCUCAUACAACAACUUUAGCAAGCACAACAGCAGCUGCUACAACAACCACUGCAGCUUCUAUAACAUCUACAACAAGCGCAACAAUACCCCCCACGGCAACAACUACAGCUUCUACUACGACAAAAAUUGUAGAUCCUGCGACCACCACAAAUUAUGCAGCUACUACGACAACCACAGCUCCAACUGUAGCUUCUUCCACAAGAACAAGUGCAGCCCCUACUCACUACUGCAGCCCCUACUGCAACCACAACAGAAGCGUCUUCUACAACAACUGUAAAAACUACGACUUCCACAACAACAUCCCCUACGACAACUGCAGCUCCUACUUCAACCACCGGAGCUCCUACGGCCACUACAACAGCAGCAGCUCUUACAACAACAACUGA